ACGCUAGCUCCUCCCACAUCAGAAUUUCGCGACUCUUGUUUGAGAACGACGAGAAUCAAUCGACAAUCAACUUCUACCCACCGACGACCCGGGUAGCUCGAAUCGACAACUAACACAGUCGGCGGAUAUCUACGCAAAACAGUCAACAUGCGUACCUACGACGACACCUUCUCCGGCGAGAAGAUCUACCCUGGAAAGGGCAAGCUCUACGUCCGUGGUGACAGCAAGAUCUUCCGAUUCCAAAAUGGCAAGACCGAAUCUCUCUUCCUCCAGCGCAAGAACCCCCGUCGCAUUGCCUGGACUGUUCUUUUCCGAAGACAACACAAGAAGGGUAUCUCUGAGGAAGUUGCCAAGAAGCGAUCCCGCCGCACAAUCAAGUCCCAACGUGCCAUUGUUGGUGCUUCCCUCGAUGUGAUCAAGGAGCGACGAAGCAUGCGACCCGAGGCCCGAUCUGCCGCCCGCGCGGCCGCUAUCAAGGACGCCAAGGAGAAGCGCGCUGCGGCCCAGAGUGCGAAGAAGCUUGAGAAGGCGAAGAGUGCUGCUACUGCGGCGAAGGGACAGACCGCAAGAGUGACCAGCAAGCAGGGAGCGAAGGGUGCGGCAAGAAAGGUCCAGGCUACGAGUCGUUAAGAAUUGGUAAUAAAGCCAUUGUUUCUUGUGAUUUGGGUCAUUCAUGGAUGAGCAUAUGGGAUUUGCGGUUCUGCAAUGAUAGCUGAGAAAUGCAAAGACAGGUGCAAAUCUGAUGAUCUAUAAGUGCUGUGUAUCACUCGGGUUUGAGUGGGUUCGUGUGUCUGCUUGCUUUGCUUGCAGAGAUAUUUUACUGGUCCCAGAACCAAGGCACAAUGCAAGGGGUAUACUCAUCCACCUCUUCUCAGAAUCGAAUUUUUGAUAAAAGGCCUUUCCGUUUUAUUAGCCACAUUAAUUGGCUCUAUGUGCCAGUUGCUGCAAAGAGUUCGGGAAGCCAUUCCCACUUGCCCCUUAGCUUUGA